GUGAUUCUUGUUGAAGUGUGUUUCUACUUCCUCGAUUCAAAUGGGCGUGGCUUGGACUGAACAGCAGAGGGGAGGUCGUCGUAACGUAGGAGACGGUACCGGAAGAAUCUGACAAAAUGGCUUCACCAAACUUAACAAAAACCUUGGGGAAGGAUGAAGACACAGACAAACAGACUCCGGGUAGAAGAAGAAACUCCAAAGGUGAUGGUCCAAACAUGUCCGUGACCAGGAUUGUGCUGGUGGGGAAGACAGGCACUGGGAAAAGCUCUUCAGGAAACACCAUUCUGGGGAGGAAGGCUUUCAGAGAUGCCAAAUCUAGCAAAUCUGUGACACAAGAGUGUUGCAAGGAGACAGGAGAGGUGGCAGGGAGACAGGUAGUGAUAGUGGACACACCUGGUAUAUUUGACACUAACCGUCCUGACAGUGACUUGAAGACAGAGAUCAGUAAAUGUAUCAACAUGACGUCACCUGGUCCCCACGCAAUCGUAUUGGUCUUAGAUGUGGGCCCUUUCACAGAAGAGGAACAGAACGUGGUUAAGGAAAUCAGGGCGCUGUUUGGAGAAGAAGCUGAAAGGUAUACCAUGAUCCUCUUCACCCAUGGAGAUGAGUUGGAUGAUGGCGGCAUUGAGCGGUAUGUCCGUGAAGCUCAGGAAGAUCUCAAGACACUUGUGGACCAGUGUGGUGGAAGGUACCAUGUUUUUGACAACACCAUGGUGGAAAACAGGGGACAAGUGCUGGAUUUCCUGGAGAAAAUUGACCACAUGGUGGCAGUAAAUGGCCAAGACCACUACACCAACAACAUGUACGAGGAGGUGGAGAGAAAGAUUUGUCACAAGAAGGAAGAGUUGAGGAAGCGUUAUGAAGAAGAGCUACGGAAGCUACAAGACCAAGAGAACCAACUGCCUCUCGAAUACCAGGAGGAAAGUAAGACUCUACGGGAAGACAUUGAGGCGCUAAAGGAGUCACUUCAAGACAAAGAAAAUAAACUUAAAGAUUUGAAAUCUCUGGAGCAAAACAAGGUCCCGUGGAUCAUUGAACAUAUACUUUAUUAUGAGAUGACGUUGAGGGCUGUGAGAGAGGAAGCAGAACAAAUACAACUUAACAAAGAAAUAUCAACAGACGUUUGUAGCAAGUUACAAGACCUCCAUCUCACACAAUCAAGUGUUGAAUGAUAAACAUUGGAGGGGUUGUGUGUAAACAUUGUGAAAACGGUUCAACGUCAAAACUCUCUGCUUUAAUCUGAGGAAGAAUUCAAGCAAGAUGCUUUCUUUUGAAACCCUUAAAUAGACCUAAAAGGGGAAAUCUGGGAUUGGUACAGUACAUACAUUUGUGGACUUUUAAAUGGAUCAAUAUAACCAUUCAUUCUUGAAGGAUACAUCUUAUCAAUGCUCCCUGAACUUGGUUAAAUUGUUAUGUUUUAAAUAUGUUUAUUGUGAAGCAUUAUCAUGCAGUAUACAAUCUGAGUCUGUAUUUUUAACAUGUAAAACAACAAACGCAAGAGGAGUAAACAAGAGGAGUAAACAAGAGGAGUAAACAAGAGGAGUAAACAAGAGGAGUACACAAGAGGAGUAAACAAGAGGAGUACACAAGAGGAGUAAACAAGAGGAGUAAACAAGAGGAGUAAACAAGAGGAGUAAACAAGAUGAGUACAUAAAAAAAACAGCAUGAAAAUAAAAGUUGAAGGAAACACGUUGAAUUAAGACACGUCAGCUUAGUUUAAAUUGUUGUACUCAACCAGAACCCAAAAUAACAGCUUGUGCUCACUAAUGGUUUCUUAUUGAUUUCAGUUUCAAUGAAAAGGUCCAGCAGAUAGAAGGCUAUUUGUCUGCACUCUUGAGUUUAAAAAUAACUAAACAUUUCUAUGUACAUUUUUUUAUGGUGUUUUUACUUUGGUAUUGUCACUAAAAUAUUAAAAUGUCAUUUUUAUUUCUUAGUCUUCUAUUUGUAUUGUUAUUGACUCUGUAUAAAUAUUCAAAAAAGCAUAACAAAAAAUUGGGGAACUGAGGGAAUUGUGCAAAUUGAUUUGGUUUGAUCAGAGGGAAAAUAUGAAAUGUUUGUAAUUUUUAAUUGAAUGAAUACCUUUUAUAUUUCAGAUCAAACAUACACCAAUUUGUCAUGAUUUACAGGUCUGCAAAUUCAGAUAAAUUCAUAUUUUUUAUUAAACAAAUAGGGUAGG